AAAUUUAUCAACACCGGUUAAAGGGUGCGGGGUUGUAACGGAGGUAUUAUUUGACAAAAAACAGACCAGACUUGGAGACUAGCCUUGUUGGCAACACGAAAAUUGAUUUUGUAGAAUUUCUGAACUAAAAAAAAUAAUUUUGAAUAAGAUAGAAUUGUAGAAAACAUGCAAAACGUAAUCAACAGUGUUAAAGGUACAGCUCUUGCAGUUGGGGAAUAUUUGACACCGGUUUUAAAGGAGUCAAAGUUUAAAGAAACAGGAGUGCUAACUCCAGAAGAAUUUAUAGCUGCAGGAGAUCAUCUAGUGCACCAUUGUCCCACCUGGCAGUGGGCUGGAGGAGAUGAAUCAAAAACAAAACCCUAUUUACCGAAAGAUAAACAAUUUUUGAUAACCAGAAAUGUGCCAUGUUCUAGAAGAUGUGAACAGAUGGAAUAUUCACGAGAGAUGGAAAAGAUAAUUGAAUCGGAUGAUGCUGAUAAUGGUUGGAUAGAUACCCAUCAUUAUGACAAAGAAAUGUCAUCAGUGGAAAAUAAGGUUUCAGAAAUGACUCUAGAAAACACUAAAUCUGAAAGCAUGGAGGAAGCUGCUCUCAGGGACAAUGAUGAUGAUGAUGAGGAAGAUGAUGAUGAUGAAGAAGCAGCUGAUAUGGAAGAAUUUGAAGAAAGUGGAAUGUUAGAAGAUGACCAGAUAGCUAAAGUAAUUGAACCAGUAGAAUCCAAAAAGAAUAUCGAAGAAGAUGGUGAAAUUAUACAUACUAGAACAUACGAUUUGCACAUUACUUAUGAUAAAUAUUAUCAAACACCAAGAUUGUGGCUUACAGGAUACAAUGAGAAACACGAACCAUUGACAGUUGACGAAUUAUAUGAAGAUGUUAGCAAAGAUUAUAUUCAGAAAACGGUAACUAUGGAAACCCAUCCUCAUCUCAGUGUACCCAAAAUGGCAUCUGUGCAUCCAUGUCGACAUGCUGAAGUGAUGAAGAGCAUCAUAGAAACUGUGAUGGAAGGUGGUGGAGAAUUAGGAGUGCAUAUGUAUUUAAUUAUUUUCUUAAAAUUCAUGCAAUCGGUUAUACCUACUAUCGAAUAUGAUUACACGCAAAAUUUUACCAUGUAAAGCUGAUAUUUUUAUUUGACGCUGUAGUCGAAUGCUGUUGAACGAUAUAAAAGAUCAAAAUCAGUAUUUUGCUCCAAUUUUAAGUGUUUUGUUUUUAAAAUACUUGGUUGAGUCUCAAAUUUUUUAUUAUGGAUUAAUUUUGUUCUGUUACUCUGGUUCAGGUGUUAAGCAAAGUUGGCGCAGUUAAAGCAAUUGUCUCAUUUAACUUUUUUCAAAUUUACGAGUCCAUAUAAUGAAACUAGUUAAUAAAAACUCAUUAAAAAUGUGUAAGGUUUUAGGCACUAAUAUCAUCUUUCUCUUAGUUUUCUCAUUGUU